CGUGGUGAAAACGAUCUUAUUACCAGUUACAAAUCAAACAAAAGCUUCCUCGCAUCUCUCUCUUGGGAUCUGAAUCUUCACAAUUUCUCUGAGAAGAACAAAAAAAAAAAUGCCUCAUGGAACUCUUGAAGUCGUUCUUGUCAGCGCCAAAGGUCUCGAGGACGCUGAUUUUUUGAAUAACAUGGAUCCUUAUGUGCAACUCACUUGUCGGACUCAAGAUCAGAAGAGCAGUAUUGCAACAGGAAUGGGGACAACUCCAGAAUGGAACGAGACAUUUAUCUUCACUGUCUCUGAAGGAACAACAGAGUUAAUAGCAAAAAUCUUUGACAAAGAUGUCGGCACAGAGGAUGAUGCGGUUGGUGAAGCAACUAUCCCAUUGGAGCCAGUCUUCUUGGAAGGAGAGAUCCCACCAUCAGCAUACAAUGUGGUGAAAGAUGAAGAGUUCAAAGGCGAGAUUUGGGUCGCUCUCUCCUUCAAGCCCUCGGAAAACCGAAGCAGGGGUAUUGAAGAGGAGUCCUAUGGAGGUUGGAAAAACUCUGAAGCAUCAUACUAAGAGAAGAAGAAACCAAUGUUGUGUGUGUUACUCCUGUUUUGAUUUUUAAUCUUGGGAAAAUGAUAUAUGUUGAGAGAGAGAGAGACAUACUUCUCAUUAUUAAUGUUCUUGUGUUGGGAUUGUUUUUAAUGAUUCAAAAACUCCUUGGAUUUUGAUUCUUCUUGUUCUUGUCAAGUUGUCAAGCAAGAACUUGUUUUGUUUUGGUAUGAUGAAGUUCCUUUU